AUGACCAAAGCUGCUCCUUCGGAUAAGAACAAGGCUCUCGCCGCCAAGAAGGCUGCCUUGAAGGGCGUCAACGGCCAGAAGGCCCGCAAGAUCCGCACCUCCACCACCUUCAACCGCCCCAAGACCCUCAAGCUUGCCCGUUCCCCCAAGUACGCCCGCAAGUCUGUUCCUCACGUUCCCCGUUUGGACCAGUACAAGGUCUUGAAGACUCCCUUGAACACCGAGUCUGCCAUGAAGAAGAUCGAGGAGAACAACACCCUCGUCUUCAUCGUUGACGUCAAGGCCAACAAGCGUCAGAUCAAGGAUGCCCUCAAGAAGAUGUACGAUGUUACCGCUCUUAAGGUUAACACCCUCAUCCGUAAAGCAGCUCCAACCUCCUCCAAGUACCACCAAACCCAGCAACUCGAGAUACUCAGCAAGGGAAUCCCUAUGGUCUGCGAAAGCCCAUACGACAAACGCAAGAUGAUUCCCCUGCCUAAACAAGGCUUUCGACUUUAUAGCUCUUCAAAGCGGCACCACCCCGAUGGUAACAAGAAGGCCUACAUCAAGCUCACCGCUGAUGUCGAUGCCCUCGAUGUCGCCAACAAGAUUGGAUUCAUCUAA